GUCUUUUCUUUCCGCGUCGAUGCAUAACCUGCUUCCCGAAUCCCGAUCCGUCCGCUGCAUCCCUCUUCCCUCCUCCUCCUCUCUCUCUCUCUACCUCUCGCUCUCAGACGACCGUUGGGCCGCCGCCGCCCUAUACGCCAGGUGCUGAGGCUUUCCCUGGUCUCUUCGCCGGCGACGAGCACACCAGAUAUCUAGUCUUCAGUACAGAACUUGGUGUAGAUUGUGAUGUCGGUGCCAAUGUAUAAGAAACAGAACUCAUUGAGCACCCCUGUCCACAAGACAAACCCGUUUGAUUCAGAUUCAGAUUCUGAAGGGCCAUCAAGGGCACAGUCUGUUCCAGUACGACACACCAAUCAAUCUGUUCAAGAGUUGGAAGAUUAUGCUAUAACCAAAGCACGAGAAACCACACACAAAGUAAAUGAUUGUGUCAGAGCUGCUGAAGCCAUCAGGGAAGAUGCUACACAGACCAUGCUAACUUUACACCAUCAAGGUGAGCAGAUCAUGCGGUCUCAUCAAGUAGCAGCUGAAAUUGAGCAGGACCUUACAGUGAGUGAGAAGCUCUUGGGAAGUCUGGGUGGGCUAUUUUCCAAGUCAUGGAGGCCAAAGAGAAGUCAACAGAUAAAAGGACCAGUCUCAGGAAAUAACUUUUCUGCGACGACAGCUAACGACACGGAACAGAGGUGGAAGCUAGGAAUUGUCCCAGCACGUCAAGAACGUCCCAGUCAUGUACAAACCACACCUGUAUCUGCAAUGGAGAAAAUUCAGGCUGAGACAGCAAAGCAGGAUGAUGCACUUUCCGACCUCUGUAGCACAUUGGGACAACUCAAGGAAAUGGCAGUGGAUAUGGGCGCAGAAAUUGACAGGCAAAACAAAGCUCUGGUUCCUUUCAGCGACGACGUUGAUGAACUGAAUUUCAGACUGAAAGGCGCGAAUCAACGGGGACGCCGGUUGCUGGGGAAGUGAUACGGAGCCAGGAAUUUGGGCAGUUUGGAGAUCGCUGCCUGGACUGCAGAAUUUAAGAACCUUGUUGUUUCAUUACAUGCUUUAGAGCAAAUAGUAUUUUUUGUUUGUACUUAAAAAAAGAUCCGUUGUAUUGAACUUUGAACAUUCGAAUUCCAGUGUUGUACUUGUAUAACAAGCAGACAAGAUUUGUUGAGAGAAAGGGUUCCGAGAUGAUUGUGCUUUGUCAAAGUUCAAAACUUAUCA